AGAGAGUGACAGAUGGCGGCGGGUCCCGGGGGAGCCGGCUCUCCCCCAAUGCAGACGCAUGCCAAUCACCGUCUCUCAUGUGAUAGCUGCUGCCCGUGACGUGCCAAGCCCAUAUGGCCUGGCAUAGAGGCUGGUACCCCGCCUGGUAGAGAUGCCACACUCGCUCCGCGGCUCGCAUGGCGCUCUGAAGACGCCGGCGCCCGCCGCCUUGAGGAACCGCUGCCCCCGCUCCCCGAAGAUGGGGGAACAAUGAAAUAAGCGAGAAGAUUCCUCUUCUCCCCCCCCUCUCUCUCUUGCCCCCUCCCCCCUCCCCUCCCCUCUCCCCUUGACUCCUCUCUGAGGCACCAUGCUGACCCGCCUGUUCAGCGAGCCUGGCCUCCUCUCGGACGUGCCCAAGUUCGCCAGCUGGGGCGACGGCGACGACGACGAGCCGAGAAGCGACAAGGGCGACGCGCCACCGCAGCCUCCGCCUGCUCCUGGGUCGGGGGCUCCAGGACCCGCCCGGGCCUCCAAGCCGGUGUCCCUCCGUGGAGAAGAGGUCCCCGAAGCCACGUUGGCCGAGGUCAAGGAGGAAGGCGAGCUGGGCGGCGAGGAGGAGGAGGAAGAGGAGGAGGAGGAAGGGUUGGACGAGGCGGAAGGCGAGCGGCCCAAGAAGCGCGGGCCGAAGAAACGCAAGAUGACCAAGGCACGUCUGGAGCGCUCCAAGCUGCGGCGACAGAAGGCCAACGCGCGGGAACGCAACCGCAUGCACGACCUGAACGCCGCGCUGGACAACCUGCGCAAGGUAGUGCCCUGCUACUCCAAGACGCAGAAGCUGUCCAAGAUCGAGACCCUGCGCCUGGCCAAGAACUACAUCUGGGCUCUCUCGGAGAUCUUGCGCUCCGGCAAGAGGCCGGAUCUGGUGUCCUACGUGCAGACUCUGUGCAAGGGGCUGUCGCAACCCACCACAAAUCUGGUGGCUGGCUGCCUGCAGCUCAACUCUCGUAACUUCCUCACAGAGCAGGGCGCGGACGGCGCCGGCCGCUUCCACGGCUCGGGUGGCCCGUUCGCCAUGCACCCGUACCCGUACCCGUGCUCCCGCCUGGCGGGCGCACAGUGCCAGGCGGCCGGCGGCCUGGGCGGAGGCGCAGCGCACGCCCUGCGGACCCACGGCUACUGCGCCGCCUACGAGACGCUGUACGCGGCGGCGGGUGGCGGAGGUGCCAGCCCGGACUACAACAGCUCUGAGUACGAGGGCCCGCUCAGCCCCCCGCUCUGUCUCAACGGCAACUUCUCACUCAAGCAGGACUCGUCUCCCGACCACGAGAAGAGCUACCACUACUCUAUGCACUACUCGGCGCUGCCCGGCUCGCGGCCCGCGGGCCACGGGCUGGUCUUCGGCUCGUCGGCCGUGCGCGGGGGCGUCCACUCCGAGAAUCUCUUGUCUUACGAUAUGCACCUUCACCACGACCGGGGCCCCAUGUACGAGGAGCUCAACGCGUUUUUCCAUAACUGAGACCUCGCGCCGGCCCCUUUCUUUUUCUUUGCCUUUGCCCGGCCCCCUAGCCCCAGCCCCGCGAGCUCAGGGGCUCCCACCGACUCCAGCGCCAGGCGCGCGGGGCGUGGGCCGCCGGUUCUGCGGCUCUCUAGGGCUGGCGCGGUCUCCUACCUGUGGGUGGCCCGUCCCAGGGGCCUCGCUUCUCCCUGGGGACUCGCCUUCUCUUUCCCAACGGGCUUCCUCCUCCCUUCUCCCGUGGAGUGCAUCUCUAGGGACCUCCCUCCCGGCCCUCCCUGGAGACUCCUUAGGCAUUCCCAAACUUGGGUUUUCUCUCCCCACCUCCCAGUAGGCCAGGAGGCUUUGGUAAGGGGCAGCUGAGUUUCGGGUUAGUGUCUCCGCUUAUGAUUACUUUUUAAAAAGACACUGAGCUGCCCAGGCCGAAAGGAGUUGGUAUCUCUUCCUUCUCGAAGAGGGCAAAAGCCAGGGCGCCCAAACGCCUUCACCCCAACCCGAAUCUCCGCGUUUUUUAAUUUUUAUUUUGGUGGGAGGGGAUGUGGAUUGAGAGGACAGAGAGAGGCCAAGUCAAUUUGUAACUAGAAUCAUGUUUCCUUUUCCCUUUUUAAAAAAACAAGCAUACAAAAGAAAAAAAAAAAAAAAAAAAGCUAAGAGGCGACAGAGGCCGAACUCAGAGUCCGGAUCGGAGAGAAAACGCAGUAAGAACUUUUAGAAGCAAUAAAAGGCAAAAUAAUAAUAAUGAUAAUAAUAAUAAUAAUAAAUACUACCAAUAAUAAUUUUUAAAGAGACACAAAUAUCUAUGCAAGAAGGUUCUGACUGAGCCUAGCAGCCCGGCCCGGGACGCCCCUCGGGUCCGCUGGCUGCCCCGCCCAAGCGCGGAUCUGUGCACUUUGGUGAAGUGGGGGCCCGCGCCGCCCCUCCCCCCCAGGUUUUUACAAUCAAUGACUCGGAGAUUUGGAGCCCCAGUACCACUGCCCUCCCCCCACCCUGUCCCGUUGUGCGUCAUACUGUUUUCUAAAAACCUGUUUCCAAAUUUGUAUGGAAUGGCAAACUGUUGGGGGGUCGGUUUGGGGAGGGAGGGUUUGCAUGAGAGACACACGCACACCACACCGCACGCACACGCAGGCCCGACGCGGGCGUCCGGGGACAGGAGGAGGUGAGUCUCCUGGCUCCUCCUCUCUACAGGCACUCCCGUCCCUCCUGGGGUGAGAUGGAGGAGCCUAGACCUGGGGGUAGCCCUACCCCUGCCCGGAUUGUGCCUCGGUGGGCGCCAAGCUCCUGGUGACUUCUGGUGGCUGGAGAGGUUUUUUUGUUUUGUUUUGUUUCGUUUUGUUGUUGUUGUUGUUUUGGGGGGAUUUUUGUUGUUGUUGUUGUUGUUGCUUUUGUUUUUUGUUUUGUUUUGUGUUUUGGUUCUAGGCUCCUCCUGACUUUUGUCAUCCAGUGAGCUGGGAGAACUGAGGGCCCCUUUUGGAGAUUUCCGGCAAAAGAGGCAACAGGUGAACCUCUCCGCUCCAGAGGCAGGGAAUCAGGCACCCAAACACUCGAUGCAAAAAACAAAAAAACAAAAAAACCGCAAACCCACAGGCGACACCCCCCCACACACGCAAUUUUACCUUCCUCUUGUAGCGAAGACGAAACUCCCGUCGGACACCCGAAGUGCAUUGCGUGUUUCUGUUGAGUUUAAUGACGAUUAAUAAAUAUUUAUGUAAAUGAGAUGCAAAGCA